CCCAGUGGUACUCCGAGUUCCGCGUGUCUCGCUAAAACGUAAUGAACCCAGUGGCCCGGUUCGUGUUGGUGCAAACGUGAAAAUCGGUCUGUGUGUUAUGUGUUGUUGUGCCCGUUGUGCGUGAUUCGUUCAGCGAUGUUGUUUCUUAACAGAUUCGUUCGCUGUGUUGUUGCCAUUGGAUUGUUUGGAUUUAUUCGCAGGACCGAUUGUCAAGAAACCAAGUGCGGACAUCCGGCGGUUCCGGUGAACGCGCGGGUCAGCCUCAGCUCAUCCGGUCUGGGUCCGGGCACGAUAGCCACGUACAAAUGCGACGAGGGGUACGAAACGUUCGGCAACACGCAGAUAUCGUGUUCGCCCUCGGGCCAAUGGGCGGGGGAGUUGCCCUUUUGCGGCACUAACAUAGCUUACAGAAAGCCAGCCAAUCAAUCCACAACGGUGCGAGGCGGUAGUGCCCUGAACGCCAACGACGGCGAGAAAAGCACCGACCACGAUGGCAAACGCUGCUCCGAAACCCAAAAGGAAGCCUCACCGUGGUGGCAAGUGGACCUUCUCCGGGCCUACGCCGUCAAAGUGGUGAGGGUGACGACCAGGGGAUGUUGCGGCCAUCAACCACUUCAGGACUUGGAAAUAAGAGUGGGAAACAGCAGCAGCGACCUGCAGAGGAACCCACUUUGUGCCUGGUUUCCUGGUACCAUAGACGAAGGAGUGACCAAAACCUUCACCUGCGCCCGAUCACUAAUCGGCCAGUACGUUUUCCUGCAGCUAGUCGGAGUGGAAGGUUCCCUGUCAUUAUGCGAAGUGGAGGUAUUCACAACCGACGAGUUUUCAGUGGACCGAUGCGCCCCGAAGACCGCCUCGGAGGACGCCCAGAUCGCCGCGUUCGCCCGCACCUGCUACGAGUUCGGCGUGAACCGGGGCGGCUCCUUCGCCGACGCCAGGGCCUACUGUCAGAGCCACAACGGCGACCUGGCGCACGGCAUGUCGCCCGGUUCGACGUCGUUCCUGUACGCCGAGCUGGAACGGCGCAAGCCCAUGCUGAAGACGCAGCUGGUGUGGAUCGGCGCCCAGAAGGAGCCCGGCCUGACGUCGAGGACGUGGAAAUGGGUCAAUGGUGAUGUGGUUCAGCGUCCCGCAUGGGGGAAGGAUCAACCGAACAAUUAUAACGGGGAACAGAACUGCGUGGUACUGGAUGGUGGCCGUGGAUGGUUGUGGAAUGACGUGGGAUGCAAUCUCGACUAUUUACACUGGAUAUGCCAGCACACACCAUCAUCCUGUGGCAGCCCAGACAAGAAAAUCAACACAACAAUCGUAGGAAACAAUUACAACCUGGGGGCCUCCAUUGAAUACAAGUGCCCAGAAGGCCACCGACUAGUGGGCGACUCGAAAAGAAACUGCGACAAGGAAGGCUUUUGGUCAGGCAGUGCGCCAACAUGCAAAUACGUCGACUGCGGCCACCUACCAAACCUGGACCACGGUUCCGUCGUCCUGAAGGACGGCCGCACCAGUCACGGCGCAAGGGCGGUGUACAGCUGCCACGAGAACUACACGUUGAUCGGGCACGAGGUGAGGACCUGCGGCGACGACGGCAAAUGGACCAACUCGACGCCGCAGUGUUUGUUCGACUGGUGUCCGGACCCGCCCGAAAUACACGGCGGAAUCGUCACCACCACCGGUCACAGGGCCGGGGACACGGCCACCUACACCUGCCAAGCUGGUUAUAUUAUCUUCGGCCAAGGGGUCCUGUCUUGUGGAUUGGGUGGGGAAUGGUCAGGCAAAGCCCCCAGUUGUAAAUACGUGGACUGUGGUGCCCCGCCGAACAUCGACAACGGACGGUACGACCUAAUCAAUGGAUCCACAACAGUCGACAGCAUAGUACAGUACACUUGUUCUGAGGACUAUUGGUUGGAGGGCGACAAGGUGCAAAAAUGCACGAGAGAAGGGAAAUGGUCAUCAGACGCACCAUCCUGCGAACUUAUAACCUGCGAUGAGCCGGAUGUACCUUCAGGAAGUUACGUGGUGGGUUACGACUUCAACGUGCACUCAACCAUCGAGUACCACUGCGAAGUGGGUCACAUUUUAAGGGGUGAACCAAGCCACACUUGCACCAAAGAAGGGGAGUGGAGUGGAACAACACCAGUUUGUGACUAUAUCGAUUGUGGAAAGGUACCGUCACUACUUUACGGCAACAUGGAGUACAGCAACGGAACCACCUACUUGGGAAGCGAAAUUACAUACUCCUGCGCCAAAAACUACAGACUGAACGGCGUAAGGAAGAGGAUCUGUCUGGAAAGCAAACAAUGGAGUGAUGUGUCACCAAAAUGCGAAGAAAUAAGAUGCCCGGAGCCGGUCCUGGCGGAACACAGCAUACUAUCAGUGACCGGCAACGACCGAAUGUACGGCAGAACCAUCAUCAAAACCGUCGAGUCCUCCAGUGUGGCAGUUCAAACGUACAAAAUAGGUGCCCUGGCCAAAUACCGGUGCGAACGAGGCUACAAGGUGGUGGGAGAGCCCCUCAGCACCUGCGAGGACACCGGACAAUGGAGCGGUGACGUCCCCCAAUGCCAAUACGUCGAUUGCGGCAACCCGGAGAAGGUGACCAACGGCAAGGUAACCCUGCCGUCCAACGCCUCGUAUUACGGAGCCCUGGCCCUGUACUCGUGCGACCCCAACUUCGAACUGGACGGCGUCUCCAGGAGGCUGUGCCUGGAGAACGGCACGUGGAGCUCCGACAGCCCGGCCUGUCGGGAGAUCCAGUGCAAGGACCCGGACGCGCUCGAGGGGGUGACGUUCAAAGUCAGCACCCGUAGCGUGGGCGGCGUGGCCCAGUACUCGUGUCCCAGAGGCCACAACAUGCACGGCAACUCGACGAGGAUUUGCUUGAAGAAGGGCGUGUGGAGCGGAUCGGCCCCUACUUGCACAGCCGUUGACUGCAAACACCCGGGCAACAUUCAGAACGGCAGGGUCAUAGUGAUGAACGGCACCACCUACAACAGCGCCAUCGAAUACCAUUGCGUCCCUAAUUUCGAACGGAUCGGGCCCUACUUGCGUAAAUGUAUGGAUAAUGGGGAGUGGUCGGGAGAGGAACCCAGAUGCGAGAUGUCCACCGGUGAACCACAAGAGCCUUCAAACUUGGGCACCCACAUCGGAAUUGGAGCUGGAGUUGUGGUCUUCCUGUUGCUGCUCCUGGGUUUGAUAUAUCUGAAGCUGCGUAAACCCAUUGCGGUGAAAAACACUGAGAACGUGGAGGGGGCGGAACGUAAGGAGGACAGAAACGCGGCGGUGAUGAGCUACGCUACCCUGAGCGACAGGAACGGUUACACACAUUCACAUCUGCCGCCCAACAUUUACGAGAACAUCCACGACGAGAACAUGUACGAUGCACCAUACGAAGAGACUAGUAGGGAUAGUGGUACCUACGAGCCGGAACCAGUUGGAAGAACCAACGGAAACGUCGUGACCAUCAACGGUGUCGCAGUGCGAUAGAUGUUGUACUGCCUGGCAUUAGUUGUUGACGAUAGUUCCUGCCGGUCCCCGUCCCUACUUUCCAACCCCCUUUCCCCAUUGAUGAAAGACUGCCAAAGCUGAGUUGAUUAACGGUCCCAAACUAUAAAUUUAUAUAUUUUGCUGUACACAACACAAAGUUGAACGGACACGAACAAAUGUGGGACUAAAUUGAUUCAAGAAAUAAACGAGACCUGCCCCAACAGUGAUCAAUUUUAUCGAGGUUUUGUGGUGUGAAGCUGGAAAAGGCGUUUGUUGUUUUGUUGUCGCAUAGACUUUUUAAGUUUUUUAUUUAAUUUAUAUGAAUAACGUUUGUUUUAUAUGUCUACCAUGUUUCUCAUUUAUAAAACGGCACCUUGUAAUAUAUUGUAUUUAAACUAAGUAAAUUUUUAGUCCUGAAUGUGUGAUGUAUAAUUGCGAUCUUCCUGAUCGAAUUUUGUAAAUACUCAAUUUGUAUUAAAAUUGUAGAAUAUUUGUAGGUAAUUGUAAAAAUAAUAAAUGCUAGUUUUAUAUUUAUGUAAA